AUUCAUAGAAACCAAAGCAAACCGACGUGGAAGCAGUUCCCUCUUUCAGGAGAAAAAUAAAACGCAUUUUGGAACAAAUUGUCUGACGGACAGAAAACACAACAGGGAAUGGCCUCUGCUAUCACUUCCUGUUCUGAGGAGGACUUUUCAUGUUCCAUCUGUCUGGAUGUGUUCAGCAGCCCGGUUACCACACCAUGUGGACACAACUUCUGCAGAACCUGUAUUACAAAGUUCUGGGAUGAACAAGUCAAGUACAAAUGUCCUGUUUGCAACAAGAUUUUCGACACAAAACCUGACCCACAGGUCAAUACCCUCUUAUCACAGCUGGCUGCUCAGUUUAGAACAACCGUACGAGUUAAAGAGCAGCCUUGUGUUGAACCAGCAGAAGUUCCCUGUGACUUCUGUACUGGGACCCAACAGAAGGCUGUGAAGUCCUGCCUAGAGUGUUUUAUGUCUUACUGCCAAACCCACCUGGAGCCACAUCAGAGAGUCACUCGCCUGCAGAAACAUCGGCUGGUCGAGCCUAUGGACCGUCUGGAAGACAGGAUGUGUAAGAAACACGACCGACUUCUGGAGCUCUUCUGCCAGACUGAACAAGUGUGUGUGUGUCAGUUCUGCACAGAGUCAGACCACAAGUCCCAUCCUGUUGUACCUCUGAAGGAGGAAUAUGAAGUGAAGACGGCCCAGCUGGGGAAGAUAGAGGCUGACGUUCCGCAGAUGAUCCAGGAGAGAAAAGAAAAGAUUAAGGAGAUAAAAGGCAAAGUAGAACUGAGCAACAAAGUUGCAGACAGAGAGAUAGCCAUUGGUGGGCAGGUCUUCACUGCUCUGAUAGGCUGUGUUGAAAAGUGCCGCGAUGAAUUCAACCAAACGGUUCAAGAGAAACUGAAAUCCACAGAGAAACAAGCUGAAGACCACAUCAAAGAGCUGGAGCAGGAAAUAGAAGAUCUGACCAAUAGAUGCUCAGAGGUGAAGCAGCUCUCACACACUGAAGACCACCUCCACUUCCUCCAGACCUUCAGAUCCCUGAAGGAUCCUCCACCCACCAGGGACUGGACCACGGUGGAGGUCCGUCCUCCGUCAUACGUAGGGACCUUGAGGAGAUCCCUGGAUCAGCUGGAGGAGACACUGAACAUGGAGAUGAAGAAGCUGAGUGAUGAUGCUGAACUGAAGAGGGUCCAGCAGUAUGAAGUAGAUGUGACUCUGGAUCCUGAUACAGCUCAUCCCUCGCUCAUCCUGUCUGAGGAUGGGAAACAAGUACAUUGUGGAGGCGUAGCGAAGGUACUCCCAGUCAACCCUAAGAGAUGUACAGGGUAUACAUGUGUUCUCACGAGGCAGAGCUUCUCCUCAGGGAGAUUUUACUUUGAGGCACAGGUUAAAGACAAGACUGCAUGGUGGUUAGGAGUGGCCAGAGAGUCCAUCGACAGAAAAGGUGGGAGCACGUGGACCCCUGAGACGGGUUACUGGUUUCUUCAAUACACAAAGGAUAGGUUUGUAUUUAGAGAUAACCCUGAUGUCCGUCUCCCCCUGAGAGCUGAGCUCCAGAAGGUGGGGGUGUUUGUUGAUUAUGAUGAGGGUGUGGUCUCCUUCUAUGAUGUGGAAGCCAGGGUUCAUCUCUACUCUGCUACUGGCUGCACCUUCAGUGAGCCUCUCUAUCCACUCCUCUACCCAGGUCCCCGUGAUUAUAGAGGUAACAACUCUGCCCCCCUGAUCAUCUCACCUGUCAAUCAAACACAGCACACCUGGAAGGUCCUUCAGCCCCCUGGAUCCCAGCAGGUCUCUAUGGGGUCCUGCCCCCUGACGAGAGGAGAGGAUGUCUUGUUCGGGAAACGAAACUUAACAUUCAUAGAAACCAAAAGCAACCGACGUGGAAGCAGUUCUCUCUUUCAGGAGAAAAGUAAAACGCAUUUUUGGAACAAAUUGUCAGACAGACAGGAAACACAACACGGAAUGGCCUCUGCUAACACUUCCUGGUCUGAGGAGGACUUUUCAUGUUCCAUCUGUCUGGAUGUGUUCAGCAGCCCGGUUACCACACCGUGUGGACACAACUUCUGCAGAACCUGUAUUACAAAGUUCUGGGAUGAACAAGUCAAGUACAAAUGUCCUGUUUGCAACCAGAUUUUCGACACAAAACCUGAUCCACGGGUCAAUACCCUCUUAUCACAGCUGGCUGCUCAGUUUGGGACAACCGUACGAGUUAAAGAGCAGCCUUGUGUUGAACCAGCAGAAGUUCCCUGUGACUUCUGUACUGGGACCCAGCAGAAGGCUGUGAAGUCCUGCCUAGAGUGUUUUAUGUCUUUCUGCCAAACCCACCUGGAGCCACAUCAGAGAGUCGCAGUCCUGAAGGGACAUCGGCUGGUCGAGCCUAUGGACCGUCUGGAAGACAGGAUGUGUAAGAAACACAACCGACUUCUGGAGCUCUUCUGCCCGACUGAACAGGUGUGUGUGUGUCAGUUCUGCACAGAGAUAGACCACAAGUCCCAUCCUGUUGUUCCUCUGAAGGAGGAAUAUGAAGUGAAGACGGCCCAGAUGGGGAAGAUAGAGGCUGAAGUUCCACAGAUGAUCCAGGAGAGAAAAGAAAAGAUUAAGGAGAUCAAAGACAGAGUAGAACUGAGCAACAAAGAUGCAGACAGAGAGAUAGCCAUUGGUGGGCAGGUCUUCACUGCUCUGAUAGGCUGUGUUGAAAAGUGCCGGGAUGAAUUCAACCAAACGGUUCAAGAGGAACUGAAAUCCACAGAGAAACAAGCUGAAGACCUCAUCAAAGAGCUGGAGCAGGAAAUAGAAGAUCUGACCAAUAGAUGCUCAGAGGUGAAGCAGCUCUCACACACUAAAGACCACCUCCACUUCCUCCAGACCUUCAGAUCCCUGAAGGAUCCUCCACCCACCAGGGACUGGACCACGGUGGAGGUCCGUCCUCCGUCAUACGUAGGGACCUUGAGGAGAUCCCUGGAUCAGCUGGAGGAGACACUGAACAUGGAGAUGAAGAAGCUGUGUGAUGAUGCUGAACUGAAGAGGGUCCAGCAGUAUGAAGAAGAUGUGACUCUGGAUCCUGAUACAGCUGCUUCCAAUCUCAUCCUGUCUGAGGAUGGGAAACAAGUACAUCAUGGAUGUGUGGGGAAGGUACUCCCAGACAACCCUAAGAGAUUUACAAAGUAUAUAUUUGUUCUUACGAGGCAGAGCUUCUCCUCGGGGAGAUUUUACUUUGAGGUGCAGGUUAAAGACAAGACUGUAUGGUGGUUAGGAGUGGUCAGAGAGUCCAUCUACAGAAAAGGUAAGACCACGUGGACCCCUGAGACUGGUUACUGGACUCUUCACUACUACAAGGAUGGGUUGGUAUUUAGAGAUAACCCUGAUGUCCGUCUCCCUCUGAGAGCUGAGCUCCAGAAGGUGGGGGUGUUUGUUGAUUAUGAGGAGGGUGUGGUCUCCUUCUAUGAUGUGGAAGCCAGGGUUCAUAUCUACUCUGCUACUGGCUGCACCUUCAGUGAGCCUCUCUAUCCAAUCCUCAGCCCAGGUCCCCAUGAUUAUAAAGGUAACAACUCUGCCCCCCUGAUCAUCUCACCUGUCAAUCAAAAAGACUAGGACCUUUGUUUGAUAAUAAAACAAAGAAACAACCAAAACAACUAAUGUUGUUUACUGAAUUAGAAUCUCUACUAUGUGAGGUCUGAGAGAACUGCUUUAAUGUCGUACUGCUGACAUUUAACAAGGAGAUAUUCUUUAAGAAUAUAAUCACAGUUGUUGCAUUAACUCAUUAUAAAUGGUUAGAUUACAAUCUAUCUCAUUCAUGUUUUCUCCUGAUUUUUUUAUACGUUUAAUGCUAUAACAUAGUUACAGUUGCAAUCAUGUAGAAUAUUUUUAGAUGAUUCAUUUGUAUAAUAAUGACCUCAUAACCCCUUACUUAAAAUGUCUAUUGGUCUAUCUUCUGAACACUUGAUUUAUUUUAUUAAAAAGAAAAGGCAAAAAAUGUAAUGUGUGGGUCUACAUUAUCAUUUCACUGGAAUAGGUACAAUCUAGUCCAACAGUGUUUUGUAGAAAUAAUUUCUCAGUGCGAUACAAAUAUUAAAUUAGUUUGUUGACAAUAUCCUUAUUUUGUUCAAUUUGAGAUUGAUGGAAUGUUUAAAAUCAUUGAAAAAAAUGUAAACGUCUUUCAUUUUUUAAUCAGUAAUUGACUUAAUCUCUACCAUACAACAACCCUUCAUAUAUUACACCCUUAAACAAAGCUCACAGUGGUAGCAUGUAAAGAUUCUCCCAAUGUGUGUGAGUACCGUGACUUUGUCUUGUCGGCUCUCCUCUCCUCUCUUCUCUCUCCUCUCUCUUCUCCUCCUCUUCUCUCUCCAUCCUCUUCUCUCUUCUCUCUCUUCUCCUCCUCUCCUCUCUCUCCUCUCUCUCUUCUCCUCCUCCUCUCUCUUAUCUCUGCUCUCUUCUGUAACUCAGAUUGUGUUCAUUAUUGUCGUACAUUACAUUACUUAUGGUCUAAAUAAGUCUCCAAGUGUGUCGUUAGUCGCCUUUCAGAAAUAAAGGCACUCAUAGGAUCAAAGAUACGUGCACAACUGUUAAGGAUCUGUAAUAUUUGGUACUAUUCUUUAGUCAUUCUGUCUAUGAUGUACUUGUAAGUGACUAUUUUUCAGUUAUAUUUGUUGUUAAAGCAUAAUGGUAAUAAACAACUCUGUCCAACCCA